CAUCGGCUCCGUGGUGAUAGCAGACAAGAAUUUGUCUCGCCUCAGGCUUUAAGGCGCAAACCUUUGUGGUUCAUCAGAUUUCCUGAUUGGUGCAAGCGGCGCAUUACAUCUUCCGAUCAUCGGCCAACUGGUGCGUGAAGAAAGGUUACUGGCACGAAAAAUCUAUAACAGUCAUACCUGGCUGGUGUCUCUCGUGCUUGACACUAAACUCACACCGGAGAGUAUGCUUAAUUGAGUGCCCGGGGAUCAGGAUUUACCCGAGAACUUAGCUUUUAUUCUUACAAUCUCACAAUACACAAUAUGGUUUCCCAGAGUGCUCUCUUGCUUGGCUCCGGCUUUGUGGCUACACCCACAGUCGAGGUUCUUACCAAGGCAAAUGUCGCUGUCACAGUAGCCUGCCGAACCUUGGAAUCAGCGAAGAAGUUGGCCGGGAACUUCAAGGGAGCCUCUGCUAUCUCAUUGGACGUCAAUGACAGCGCUGCGUUGGAAGCAGAAGUGGCGAAGCACGACGUCACGAUCUCGCUCAUUCCAUACACAUAUCAUGCAGCAGUGAUCAAGGCUGCCAUCAAGGCCAAGAAACAUGUUGUCACCACGUCCUAUGUGUCGCCUGCCAUGAUGGAGCUAGAUGCUCAGGCCAAGGAAGCAGGUAUCACCGUUAUGAACGAAAUCGGUCUGGAUCCCGGUAUCGAUCAUCUUUACGCCAUCAAGACUAUCGAUGAGGUCCACAAAGCAGGCGGGAAGAUCACGAGCUUCCUGUCGUACUGUGGUGGCCUUCCGGCCGCAGAAUGCAGCGACAAUCCACUCGGAUAUAAGUUUUCGUGGAGCAGCAGGGGUGUGCUUCUCGCUCUGAAGAACGCAGCCAAAUACUACCAGGACGGCAAAAUCGUCGAAGUCUCGAGCGAGGAUCUCAUGAGCACAGCCAAGCCGUACCACACUGGCUACCAGGGCUAUGCAUUUGUCGCGUACCCAAACCGUGACAGCACACCUUACCGCGAGCGAUACUCGAUCCCAGAGUGCCAGACAAUCAUCCGCGGAACGCUCAGAUACGCUGGUUUCCCUGAGUUCGUAAAGACGCUUGUAGACAUUGGCUUCCUGUCGGACAAGGAGCUCGACUUCCUUAAGGACGACACAAAGCUGACGUGGAAGGAAUGCACGGCCAAGAUCUUGGGUUCGAGUUCACACAGCUUCGACGAUUUGGUGUGGGCGAUUAGCAGCAAGACCAAGUUCGCAGACAAUGCAGAGAAGAAGCGGAUUGUGGAGGGUCUAAGCUGGAUCGGCCUUUUCAGCGACGACGUCGUAGUCAAGAAGGGCAACCCACUGGACACGCUGUGCGCAGUCCUGGAGAAGAAGAUGGCAUACGGCCCAGGCGAGCGUGAUCUUGUCAUGCUUCAACAUAGAUUUGAGAUUGAACACAAGGAUGGCAGCAAAGAGACCCGCACAUCCACUCUUUGCGACAACGGUGACCCGAACGGUUACUCGUCCAUGGCCAAGCUUGUUGGAGUUCCAUGUGGCGUUGCUGUGCUGCAGGUGCUCAAUGGUCAGAUCAGCCAGAGAGGAAUACUGGCGCCUAUGGAUCCUGCUCUGAACAAGCCUAUUAUGGAUGAGCUGAGGGAGAAGUACGGUAUCUUCCUGACGGAGAAGACGCUCUAAGUGGCAGGGUUUCAAAUUUCUAGCUAGAGGGGCCUGUUUCUUGAAAGAUAGAGCAAUGACCACAACAACAUUCCAUACAGA